CGAGGCCCUCGACGUCACCGAAACUGUUAAUUCUCAAAGUACCGUUUUUUUCUUCCAUCUGAAGAGUCUGUACUUGAUAUCUUAAAGUCAACAAUUAAGGAAUCAAGGAGCUCUAAACAUGGCACCCUCCCGUGUCGACUCUCCGGAGCCCAUCCCAUCCCCUGCCCCGGGCAAGCUUCAGUCCAUCCAAACACAGCAGCCUCACUAUGGUGACUUCCGUGAUGACUUCUUUCGUGACGGUUAUGCUGUCAUCAAAGGCGUGCUGAGCAAAGAGCGCGCUAGCGAAUACCAGAGCGAAGCCCUGACCUGGCUUGAAUCAUUCGGCCUUGGCUUUGACCGCAACGACAAGUCCACCUGGAAGAAGGAAAAUCUCCCACAGAGCUGGAAGGGUGGCAUGUACCUGCACUUCUCGGCUGCACACGAGAAGUAUGUCUGGGACGUCCGAUGUGAGCCUGGCGUGAUUGCUCCCUUCGCUAAGCUUUGGGGUACCGACGAGCUCGUGGUCUCCUUCGACACGGUGAACAUUACUCUCCCUCAAUCCAUCGUAGGCACCUAUGACUCCCAGCCCUGGCCACACUGCGACCAAGCGCCCGAGCGCAAAGGUCUGGUCUGUGUUCAGGGCAUCGUCAACCUCUCCAACGCGGGCCCCGACGACGGUGGACUCAUAGUAAUGAAGGGUUCUGCAGCGCUCUUUGACCAAUUCUUUGAAAAGAACCCCGUUACUGGUCCCACCCCCUGGCGCACCGCCAAACAUAAGGAUUUCCACCCCUUCUCUGACAAGGAUCUGGACUGGUACCGCGAGCGUGGAUGCGAAUUGAUCAAGGUCUGCGCUGAACCUGGAGACUUGAUUCUCUGGGACUCGAGACAGAUGCACUGGGCUCAGUUCGGGACCUCGGAUCUGGUGCGCACUAUCGUCUAUGCUACGUAUACGCCGGCGGCAUGGAUGAGCGAGGAGGAUCGGGAGAAGAAGAAGGAAUUAUUCGAGGCGUAUGAAACAACUACACACUGGCCGCACACGAAUUUGUAUACACAUGGGAAGGCGAUGGUGAAGGUGGAUGGGGAGGAAGUUGUGGAUCCGUUGGAGAGGGACGAACCUCUUACCAAGCCGGUGAGAAACCCCUUGAACUACCCUCAAUGGCAAAAAUGGGUAAUCACGUUCGUGCUGGGACUGUUCUCCGUCCUCGGGGUCCUGAUGACCUCCGGAAUGGGCCCCUUCGUCACUCUAAUGCAAUCCUACUACGACUACAACCCCCACACCGAUGAUCUAAUGACCUACCCAACCCUCUUCAUGGGGAUCGGUAAUGUCAUCGCUAUGCCACUCGCCAUGGCAAUCGGCAGACGCCCAGUAUUCCUGGCAUCUGCAUUGGUCCUAACCGUGGGAUCUAUCUGGUGUGCUGCGAGCACGAGUCUUUCAUCGCAUAUAGCGGGCAGAGACGUGUUGUCGUUGGCAGCAGGGCAGUCAGAGGCAUUAUGUCCGCUUAUUAUCCAGGAAAUCCACUUCGUCCACGAACGCAGCAGCCGCCUCGCCUGGUUCAGCGCGAUCCAAUCCAUCGGCACAGCCGCCCUCACCAUCGCGACGUCCUACCUAGUAAGCAGCCUCGGCUGGAGAUGGUGGUACGGGGUAUUCUCCAUCGCCAGCGGGCUAGUCUUCAUCAGCGCGUUCACCCUCGUGCCUGAAUCCCGCUACGACCGACCCACCGACGCUUUCGAAGGGGAAGUGCACGUCCACCACAACGGCGAAGAACAAGUCAUCGUUCAUGCAACAAACAAGAACCGCGUGCCAUUAGACUUCAUCAACUACAAAGCACGUACCUGGAAACAUACUCUAGCCAUCAUGCACCCACCCGCAAACUGGAAAGAAGCCCUAACAUGCUACAAGCAAAUGGGUCAAUGCAUCCUCUUCCCCAACAUCCUCUGGGUAGUCCUCAUGAACAGCGUCUCCCUCGGAAUCUACGUUAUCGGAGUGACAGAGUACUCCUCUGUCCUCGGCGCCCCUCCGUACAACUACCCAACCACAAGCCUGGGCCUAGUCCAGGGUGGACAAAUCGUGGUCGCAAUGAUAAUGGUUCCCGUUCUCGGAUACGGUGGCGACCAGCUAUACAAACUGGUCGCAAGGCGUCGAGAGAGCGGCACCGUUGAGUCUGAGAUUCGACUUAUCCCUAUGCUCUUGCCUAUUAUCGUCCUGCUUAUUUCGUGCGUCAUAUUCGGCCGUGCUGCAUCUCAUCCGACGGAAUGGUCUCCCUGGGCAAUCACCACUACCUUUAGCGGGAUAUACUUUGCCUAUAUUGGAAUCAUUCUUAGUGGGUACACUUAUUCUCUGGACAGUUAUGCGGAGCGGGCAGCGCCGAUUCUGGUUCUGAUUUGUGCCAUCCGUGGGUUCAUCUCGUUUGGGAUUUCAUUUGGGGUUACGAAGUUUAUCACCGAGCAGGGGUUUCAGGGUGCUCUAAAUAUUUGUGCGAUUAUUGCGGGUGUUGUGUCUGCGCUGGGGAUUCCGAUUUUCUUCUUUGGGUGGUGGAUUAGGAGGGUUACGAUGAAGUAUGCGGUUGAUGGGAGGACUGCGGAGUUUUGAUCGGGAUGUGUAGUAUUGUUUCGAUAAUGGUUUUUGGUAUGAUCUAGCUAUGUGAUGUGACUUUGAGACUGGAUGCAGUAUAUACAAGUGCCGAUGCAUUGGUGACUGUAAACAGACAUCAAGCCUAUAGUGCACUCUAUU